AAUAGGAGAGUGAUUACCUAAACAGAUUAAGCUUAGUAAAUUCUACAUUAUUUUCUUGUUUGUCCUUUUCUGAGCCCGUUCAGGGUUUUUGGUUCUUGAUUCAUACAUAUAUAUAUAGAAAAGAAUAGAUUUUUUUGCUUACCUCUCUCAGAAAUCAUUCCUCUUCCCCAAACCUUAUCCCUCUCAUCUCCUUCUCUCUCGCUUCCUCUUCCUCUUAUAUUCAUCUGUUAAAGGUCCAAUCUUUGAGUUUUCUUGGACUUGACAGAGAAAGAGGGAGAGAAAGACAUAGAGAGAGGUCUAAAUGGAAGGUGUUUUACAAACAAGAGGGUUUCUUUCUUUGCCUUCCAAACCAAAAAUCAAGGCUUUUUACCCACUGCCUCAAGGGGGUCUAAGGAACAGAUUCAAUUCUUUAAGUACUUUAAAACCUAAGCCCCCUAAUGGGUUAUCUCUAUCCUCAAAUGGGUUUCAAAAAGUUGAAGGCUUUGACACGAAGCUUCAGUUGUUUGGCCAAAAGAACAGAAUUUUUCCAAUAUGCAAAGCUGAGGCUUCUGCUGCUGCUGCAGCUGAUGGCCAGCCACUUUUUGUUGAAAAGGAGCCACCUAAGUUUAUGGGGAUUGAAUUUGUGACCCUCAAGAAAAUUAUACCACUUGGGGCAAUGUUCUUUUGUAUUCUUUUCAAUUAUACCAUCCUUAGGGACACUAAGGAUGUAUUGGUUGUAACAGCCAAAGGGUCCAGUGCUGAGAUUAUCCCUUUCUUGAAAACAUGGGUGAAUUUGCCUAUGGCUAUAGGCUUCAUGCUGUUGUACACAAAGUUGGCUAAUGUGUUGUCAAAGGAGGCUCUUUUUUAUACUGUUAUACUUCCCUUUAUUGCAUUCUUUGGGGCGUUUGGGUUUGUUUUGUAUCCUCUUAGCAAUUACUUUCACCCUACAGCUUUUGCCGAUAAGCUUCUCAAUACUCUUGGUCCAAGAUUUCUUGGACCAAUUGCUAUAUUGAGGAUCUGGAGUUUCUGUUUGUUCUAUGUCAUGGCUGAGCUUUGGGGAAGUGUGGUGGUUUCAGUACUCUUUUGGGGAUUUGCUAAUCAGAUUACGACUGUCGAUGAGGCUAAGAGAUUCUAUCCUUUGUUUGGACUUGGUGCAAAUGUUGCUCUUAUUUUCUCUGGUCGCACAGUGAAGUACUUUUCUAGCUUGAGAAGCUCUUUAGGUCCUGGAGUUGAUGGUUGGGCCAUCUCCCUGAAAGGGAUGAUGAGUAUUGUUGUGUUGAUGGGUGGGGCAAUCUGUUUCUUUUACUGGUGGGUGAAUAGAAAUGUUCCUCUCCCAACUCGUAGCAAGAAGAAGAAGGUAAAGCCUAACAUGACCACAAUGGAGAGCUUGAAGUUCUUGGUCUCUUCAAAAUAUAUCAGGGAUCUUGCCACAUUGGUUGUAGCAUAUGGCAUUAGUAUCAACCUUGUUGAAGUUACGUGGAAGUCGAAGCUCAAAGCUCAGUUCCCAAGCCCUAACGAAUACUCCUCAUUCAUGGGUGACUUCUCAACUGCUACUGGAAUAGCAACUUUCACAAUGAUGUUGUUAAGCCAAUGGAUUUUUGACAAGUAUGGGUGGGGAGCAGCAGCCAAGAUAACACCUACAGUCUUGCUCCUUACCGGAGUUGGCUUCUUCUCCCUGCUUUUGUUUGGUGCCCCUCUAGCACCUACUCUUGCCAAGUUCGGAAUGACUCCUCUUCUAGCAGCUGUCUAUGUGGGUGCAAUGCAGAACAUUUUCAGUAAGAGUGCGAAGUAUAGUUUGUUUGAUCCCUGCAAAGAAAUGGCCUACAUUCCUUUGGAUGAGGACACAAAGGUUAAAGGGAAGGCAGCAAUCGAUGUUGUCUGCAAUCCACUGGGAAAGUCUGGAGGAGCUUUGAUACAACAGUUCAUGAUUUUGACUUUUGGUUCACUUGCCAGCUCGACUCCCUACCUUGGCGGUGUGCUUUUGGUAAUUGUUCUUGCAUGGUUGGCAGCAGCCAAGUCUUUGGAUGGACAGUUCACUCAAUUACGCCGAGAAGAAGAGCUUGAGAAGGAAAUGGAGAGAGCAUCAUUGAAGAUCCCUGUCGUGUCUCAAAAUGAAAAUGGAAAUGGUCCUCUCUCGAGUGACUCAACUAAUGCUUCAUCUGAACCCUCCUCCCCAAGGAGCCUGUAAUAUCAUUAUUAAGAUCACUUGCAGAACAGGAGGAAUAAAAAGCAAAUAGAUGCGUCAGGUGGUAUCUUGGUUGCAGUCCAACUAUAGCUGAUGUUGUCAAAUCUUUGUUGGUUAUAGGAAUUCAUUUUUACUCAGAGAAAUAAAUUUAGAUAUAAGAGAGGCAUGUCACCAAAUUAGCCAACCUGCCAUCCCAUAUUUAUUUCCUGGUAGUUACAUUUUUUCUCAGUUUUGUAGCUCCGAGUUCUUGUUGAACAACUUUCUUUUGGCAAUGUAAGCAUGUUUUGUUUCUCCAGAAA